GGGGGGCAGGCUGCAGCUGCCCGUGCAGCGGGCUGCAGGGGGGGACCAGGGGUGCAGUCCCCGCCCCGGGGACGGGUGCUGGGUCCUCGGCCACAGCGUGGGGCUGGGUGCGGAGGGUGGAAGGCGCUCGACCUGCCCUCUGUUUGCCUUGACCCCCCCGCCCCGGCACUGCCAGCCAAAUGCCGGGAAAGGGCCCUCGGAGGCUUCACGCCCCCUCCUUGGCUCAGCAAACACAGCACAAGUGGCACCUUGGCAGCCGGGGUGGCCCCAGCCACCUCCCACCCCCCCCGAAAUCCCUAUAAAUCCCCUCGGCUCCAGCUGGCAAAGGGACCGGAGCCACGCAGCGAGGGAGGACGAGAUGGACGGCAGCUCCAAAGAGGCGCUGAUGGAGGAGGCACCUCCGAGGUACACGGCCUCCCCCCGCCUGCCCUGCAUCCCCCACCAGCUCAAGUGCCUCCUGGUCGUGGUGGUGGUGGUGGUCGUCCUCGUGGUGGUCAUCGUCGCCUUCCUCCUCCUGGGGCUGCACAUCACCGAGACGCACGCCGAAACGGUCUUGCGAAUGACCAUCCAUGGUCUGGACGGCGAAGGGACCCCCCAACACCUCUCCAUGAGCAAGAAGGAGAGGACGGGGACGUUCGCCGUGCGGGACGGGCUCAACGCCACCGCCGUGGUGGUGUACGACUACAGCAAGCUGCUGGUCGGCUACAGGUCCUGGCGGCACCGCGCCUGCUACGUCACCCGCGUGGACAAGGACAACAUGCCGGGGCUGGACGCCGUCAUCGAGACCUUCCAGCAUCGGCAGGCUGAGAUGAAGGGGGCUGGGGACAACGCCAUGCCCUUGGCCGACCGCUCCAUCCUGGGCACCACCAUGAACAUCCUCUGCAGCACCGUCCCCGUGUACUGGGCGUACUGGAGCAGCCCGGGCUGGGAGGAGGAGGAAGAGGAGGAAGGGGAGGAGGCAGCCAUGGAGAGCAGCACGAAGGAGGUGGUGGUGGUUGAAGAGCCGCUGGACCCGGAGAAGUGCUGCGGCUCCGGCUGCUGCCCCCAGGGAUGCUGCAAACCGGGCUGCUGCUGCUGGCCCUGCACCGUCUGCUGCGCCAAAUGCGCCCGGUGCUGCUGCCUGCCCCGCUGCUGCAAAUGCCCCAGCUGCCCCGGUUGCCCCGGUUGCCCCGGUUGUUGCGGUUGCUUGAAGCGAGCCUUCUGCUUCGUGCCUCGCCUCCUCUGCUACCUGCCCCGCAAGCUCCUCAGCUGCCACCACCUCAAGUGCCUCCUCAUCACGGUGGUGGUGGUGGUCCUGCUGGUGGUCAUCAUCGCCGGCGCCCUGCUGAUGUGGCUGCGGGCGGACCAGCGGCACGCCGACGCCGUCCUGCGGAUGGGGCUGCAGAGAGGACUGGCCUGGGAAGAGGACGCGGCCACUUUCUACCUGGAUGGUGGGGAUGGAAACCCGGCCACCGUCGUCUACGAUUACAAGAACCUGCUGGUGAGCUACAGAUCCCAUCCCCGCCGCGCCUGCUACGUCACCCGCGUGGACAAGGACAACAUCCCGGGGCUGGAUGCCAUCGCCAAGACCUUCCAGCGUCGGCAGGCUGAGAAGAGGCUCGCCAUGCCCUUGGCCGAUCGCUCCCUGCUGGGCACCACGGCGAGCAUCCUCUGCAGCAUCGUCCCCGUCUACUGGGCUUAGCCUCGCCCGCAUCCCCGACGGACACGGCGCCCCCGCAGCCCCUUCAUCCCUUGGGGAGCAUCACCAACACUUCCACGGCCCCCCCCGACCCCCGACACGAGCAGCCCCCCACUCACCCCGAUUUCGGGAGGUGCCAGGGCCCGCAUGAUGCCGUGGGGCUGAGCGGGGGGUUGCGGGGUCGGGGGGUGGCAUUGGAAGGGUAUGGGGCGGGGGGGGGAUCUGCUUUGCCAUGCGGCAUCGCAUCCCAGCUGCAAC